UUUCUCGCUCUGACUGCUGGCUUCUCCUCCCUCGGCCUUUUCGCGAAGCCGAGUCUCCCGGCUUUCGGGGAGCAGAGAGCGCCAGACAUGGAUCACCGGGGCGGAAAGGCCACGAGGACAGCUUCAAAGGCCGCGACCGCUACCUCCAAGAUUUCGGCUCAGGGAGUGAAGAGUCUCCGGGAGGAGCCCAUCGAAUCUCCGUCCGCCCCUGGGGCUACCCGACCCAACUCACGGAAGUGCGGCGCAGUCGGGGCAUCGGGAUCCCUGCAGAGGAGGAGCACCCCCGGCUCCCCGGAGAGACCCCAGGUACGCGCGCGGGGUGCCCGCGCCAAAAAGGCGCUUCUGGACGCUGAGGACGCGGUGGAGGGGCAGGCGGUUCCGGCGGCGAAGCUGGGGCCUCCGGCGGCGGGGCCGCCCCUUUCCAGGGCUAGUUCUCGCCGCAGGGGCAGCGCGCGCGCCGCUGGGGAGCAGAGACCCCCGCCAGAGCCCACGGAGUUUCCCAGCCCUGGCCCGCUAGUUUCAGCUUCGGGGGCGGCGCCCGGCGGCUGGAAUCCCCGGGCGGUGCUAGACAAAUUGAGGCUGAGGCGCCAGGAAAUCUCAUUGGCGGCUGAGACUGUGAACAAGGUUGUGGACCACCUGCUGCGGGGCUUGAAGAGCUGUGAUUCCGAAUUCAAAGACGUCGGGCUGCUGCGCACCGGAAGCUACUACGAGCAUGUGAAGAUUUCUGCUCCUAAUGAAUUUGAUAUUAUGUUCAAACUGGAGGUCUCCAGAAUUCAGCUAGAAGAGUAUCGCAACAGUGGUGCAUAUUACUUUGUGAAGUUCAAAAGAAAUCCUAAAGGAAAUCCUCUGAGUCCGUUUUUAGAAGGGGAAAUAUUAUCAGCUUCUAAGAUGCUGUUGAAGUUUAGGAAAAUCAUUAAGAAAGAAAUUGAAAACAUUGAAGAUGUCAUUGUCCAGAGGAAGAAGAGAGGGAGUCCUGCUGUAACACUUCUUAUUAGAAAACCUAAAGAAAUAUCUGUGGAUAUAACCCUGGCUUUGGAGUUAAACACCAGCUGGCCUGCUAGCACCAAGAAUGGCCUGCCAGUCACGGACUGGCUUGGAACAAAAGUUAGAAGCAGUCUAAGACAGCAGCCAUUUUACCUGGUCCCCAAGCAUGCAAAGGAAGGAAAUGGUUUUCAAGAAGAAACGUGGCGGCUAUCUUUCUCUCACAUUGAAAAGGACAUUUUGAAAAGUCAUGGACAAUCUAAAACAUGCUGUGAAAUUAAUGGGAUGAAGUGUUGCAGGAAAGAUUGUCUAAAACUAAUGAAAUAUCUUUUAGAACAAUUGAAAAUAAAGUUUGAAAACCGAAAGGAACUGGAUAAGUUCUCCUCUUACCAUGUGAAAACUGCCUUCUUUCAUGUAUGUACCCAGGAGUCACAAGACAGUCACUGGCACACUAGAGACCUGGAGCUCUGUUUUGAUAACUGUGUGGCAUACUUUCUUCAGUGCCUCAAGAUAGAACAUCUUGAGCAUUAUUUUAUUCCUGGAUUCAAUCUAUUCUCUCGGGACCAAAUUGACAAAAUAAGUAAAGAAUUUCUGUCACAGGAAAUUGAAUAUGAGAGAAACAAUGGAUUUCCAGUUUUUCAUAAACUUUGAAAUUAUAUUUUUAAAAAGAAUCAAGAAUUAGAGUGACUUUAUAAUAUUGCAGUGUUUGAAAUUUGUCACAUUAAUGAUUAACUAAAAUGAAUGUAAAUCAUUUAACUCUUUUGUCUUAAUGAACUAUACUCAGUAUAAACAGAUUGAUUAUCCUAGGAAAGAGAUUAGUCAAGGAAUAAAGAAGCAAAAGGAGUAUUUACAAUAUAAAAGCUUUACUAGACUGGAAUGAAAAGGACAAAAUACUUACCACCUGAAUUAAAUUCAUCAAGCACUUAGUAAACACCACUUCUCACCUAGCACAAAUGUGUAGAAAUUUGCAAGAGACGUUAGAAAUGAUCAUUGCCUCCAUAAAAAUGGCAGACUUUGUUCAAUGCUCAAACAUAUUUGGAAGCAAUGUCUUGUCACAUAUGCCAGAAUCAGUAAGAAGGAAAUGAAAAGUCUACAUCAUCUCUACAUGUCUCAGGAAAUCCAUGUCAUAGCAAAAUAUAGAAUAAUGCACAUGGAUAAAUAUAAAACAUACAACUUACUUUUAUUAUAUUUAGUAACACUUUUAUAUAUAUUUCUGAAAAGGCAAUACAUGCAUAUGGUACAACACUCAAAGAAACAGGUACUUCCAUACCUGCUAUUUCCAAAUGUUACCCUUUCUCCUCUGUGCUCAGGCAGCAUUCAACUUAGAAGCAGCUGCUGUUUGUUAACUUUUUCCCAUUCAUGCAUUUUGCACAUUUUCUUAUUGGCUAUUUUACUGCUUUCUCAUUUUUUGUAGUUCUUUAUAUAUUUUGGAUACUUACGCUUUGUUGGUUGUCUGUGUAACAAAUAACUUCUCUCAUUGUGUGGACUGUCUUUACCAUUUUUGGUGUUUUAGUAAACAAGGUUUUAAAAUUUUAAUGUAGUUGAAUGUAUCAGUUUUCUCCUUUAUAGUCUGUGCAUUUUAUAUAUCCUGUUUAACAUACUAAGAGAAAAAUUAGACAUUUGGAGGAAAGUUUUGGGGACAGUAAAUCCUAAAUAAAUAGAAAACUAGACAAACAAAAAUCAAAACUACUUUUAAUUCCAGGAAGCAAAUGUGUGCAAGAAAAGUCUGAUUUGAUAAUAUUGCUCAGCUGUAAUUGUAUGUGAAGGCAAAGUAAUAUAACCAUUGACUAUCAGUGUCAUCAAAAUUAUGAUUAAGGAGGAUAAAGGAAUAGACUGAGUGCUUAUAUGGUGAUAGUGAGGUAGAGGGGUUGGAUUCUGUAGUUUCCUAUUGCUCCAUAACAAGUUACCACAAAUUUGGUGGCUUAAAAUAACACACAUUUAUUUCAGUGUUUGUUGAUCAAGAUUCUGAGCAUGGCUCAGCACAGGGUCUCACAAGGCCACAAUAAAGGUGUCAGCUGGGGCUGCUGUUUCAUCUGGGACCAGACCGAGAAGGAUCCACAUUUGUUGGCAGUAUUUAUGUAUUUACAUUGCUAAGGCUGAGGACUUCACUUUCUUUCUAUCAGCCAGAGGUUGCCCUUAGCUGCUAGGAACUGCCUACAGUUCCUCACCAUGUGAGUCUCCCAGCAUUGGCGGCCCACACAACAUGGCAAUUCACUUCAAAGCUCAAGGGAGGGACAGACUCCAGCAAGAGGCUGUGCUACUGUCUUAUUUAACGUAAUUCCAUACAUAUAAUCAUGUACACUCCAUCUCCUUUACCAUUCCACUUGGUUGGAAGCAAGUCACAGGUCCCACGCAUACUCAAGGGGAGGGGAAUCUCUCAAGAGUGCUGUGUCAGUUUAGCCAGCUAUACAGGUAGGAGACAACAGUCCCCACAAGACUAGCCUUACCUCUGACACCAGUUGCGGUUUCAGGAGAUUCCCAAAAGCAUUCUUAGGAUUGAUAAUUCACUGAAAAGACUCAGAAAACUCACUGAAGCAGCUACACUCGUGGUUACUGGUUGCAAUUUAUUACAGGGUAUAAAGAUACAGGUUAAAAUUAGUCAAGGGAAAAGCACUCAGCAGCGUCCAGGCGGAUACCAAACACAGAACUUCUAUUCUUUCCCUGUGGAGUAGUGGAUGCAUUAUUCUCUUGGCAUCCAUAUAUAUAAUACACAUGAAAUAUGGCCAACCAGGGAAGCUCACCUGGGCCAGAGUGUACAGAGUUUUUAUUGAAACUCCGUGGUCAACUCCCUACAUGUCUAACCUCAGAGUCCAACCACUGUGGAGGUCAAGCAUCAUGAUCCAAAGGCCCACCAUAAAUCACUUUGUUAGACUUUCUGGGCUGUUCCAAGGUCUUACUGAUUACCUUCCAGAAGUCAAUGGAAAAGGCAAGACCUCUGAGUUAGGUUUUUAACUUGAGUUAGGGCCAUAUCUUUAUUACCUAGAUAUAAAGCCCAGGAGGGUGAGGGUCAUGGAGCCACCCUAAGAGUAUAACCAAGGCUGAAUUAUUUCUUACAAUGGAAAAUCAGUAAAUAUCAAAUUUGAAAAACCUAGAAAAUGCAAUAUAAGUAUGUUAUUUAGAAACGGCUAAAAGAUGAAGUGGUUACAUCUUGGUAAUGGAAAAACGGGGGAAGGUGUGGGGACUUCUUUUUAAAAAUUAAGCCAUGCCCUUUGUAGCAACAUGGAUGGAA